AUGGCUUUCGAAAUCCCAACAAAUGAAACUAAGUGGCUCGCAGCGGCCAAAGCUGCUGGUGUCGACGGAGUCUAUCCCUGCACUUGCCCUGCCAAUUCCACGAAGCUUCCCUCCGCAUCGAAAAUGGAUCCAAACGUUUAUUUGACCUUUAGAUCAUAUUGGAAGGAUUAUCGUCCCGAUGAAGUUUCAUUGGAAGACUUGGGUCUCAGCCAAGAAGAUGUCAAGGAAGCGAAAGCACGUCUGAAGCGGAGUAGUCCUUACAAGGAGUAUCUUGCUGACAUUGACGCUUUCUCCAAUAGGGGGAGACCGCUCGGCAAGCUUCCUGAUCUUGGCGCUUUUACUCUCGUCAGGCAUUUCCAGCAACAAAUUACCAACACGGACAGGGAGGAUGCUGCUGAAAAGGUCAAUGUAACCCCAAUCCGAACCCGAAGUCGGACCGCGGCUCUCGACGCGGCCGCUGCGGGCAAGCAGGUUAUGAGACAACCUAACUUUCAACUUGAAUCACUAGUCCCCCGGGGACCUUCGCCCACCGAGUCAUAUAGCUCCUCAGAUGGAGACCCCAUGGAUCAAGAAUCUCCUUCUCCCUCCUUACGAGCUGCUAAUCGAGCCAACAUCACCCACCAGACUUCUGGGAGAUCAACUCCCGACAGCGAUGGCUCCCCAAUGUCUACGGAUAACAGCGACCCAGGCAACACCGCAUCGUUCAUUAGUGACCAUUCAGCUAUUUCAGUGACAGCCGCAAACAUUUUAUAUACCCGCACUGAGGAUGAAUCUAUUGUCAAUACAUUCCUCAUCCUGCUUCUCAAUGCUCUUGGCCUUGGCUGCGAAGAAGUGACCGCGGAGUGGUCCAUGAAGCGGUGGAUGAUAAAACAUCCCUUUGGGUCUAGAACUCUGGAGGCCCGGACUGAUGGGUGUCUUCGAAAGCAUGGCACUGGAGACGUUGUGGCUAUUGUGGAGGUGAAGCCCCACCUCCGGCGCGCGUACCAGGCUACAAUCAAAAUGCAGGAGACCACCCAACUGAUAGCUUGGAUUGCACAAAAGGAAGCCCCGGAUCCCUCUAUCAAUCGUUUUGUACUAUUGUCACAAGAUCGCCAUGAGGUCUUCCUUACUGUUGCCGAUUAUGAUGAAGACUACAUUAAGUUCCUGAAAGAAGAGACCGAUCCAACAGCAGAUAAAAAGUCCUUUCUCCGAAUAGCAUCUUUUGGUCCCUGGAACGUUAACUCCGAAAGUUCCAUCCGCAAACUAUGCCCCAUCCUCUUAGCUCUUACCACCCGCGCCAGCAAAUGA